AUGGGAAACUGCGAACACUUGUCAAGUGCAAUCGGUAUAACACCAUCUCAAAUCGCUUCAUUGAGUAUUCGCCGAAAGUUUGCGCAAGAAGAGUUUGACGACCUUCCGCCGAAUCCCAAUCAUGGAACUCAAGAGUUUGUUGAAGUAAUACCACACUUUUAAAAAUUUUAUAUUUCUUCAGAAUGAACGCUUUUUGUACUGUUUGUGGGAUGUGUCCCAAUUCGUGGCUUUGCCUUCAAUGUGGAGACACGUUUUGCUCCCGCACACACAAAAGUCACGGCUUGGAGCAUCACAAUGAGACUUUGCACAGUGUUGUAGUCGAAUGCCACCGUCAUCUUUUCCAUUGGUUAGUUCAUUACCAAGUUUUCAAUGAUGAAAUUGUCGUUUUCAGUUAUAUGUGCGAUGAAAUUAUCGACGUUGAUAAUCAAGAUGAACAACUGAUAGCGAUUGUCGAAGCUCUGAAGAAACUUUUCAAUACCAACACGGAUUACGACGACAUUCACUAUAUGGAUGAAGACGGAGAGGAAGAGGGUCGUGACCUUGAAACUGAAGAAGAAAAUGAUGGUCUUGCAAGAUCCCGAGCAAACACGUUAGUUGAUUUCUUGCUGGUCGUGGAGCAAUCUUCUUUUUUUUUCAGGAAGUUUCUGCAAGACGAAGACACUGGAUCUGUUCCUGAGGACGAUUCGGUUAUGAGAGGCUCGCACAAAAGACAAACGAAAGAUUUCUUCUCGGCCGACCUUCUUUCUGGUCCCCUCUGCCCGACUAAUGUACGGCAGCGACGCAGAAAAGUGUGCAAAACUAAAAAAUUCCCAGAAAUCAAACAUUUUUCAGGACCGCAAAGGUCGAAAGCAAAAAACCGAGUAUGCAAAGGUGAUCCGCGAGGCCCCUCCAAACAAUGUUCCGAAAAGGCGCGGACUGAAGAACAUUGGAAACACUUGUUUCAUGAAUUCAGUCAUUCAGGCUUUGAAGUACGAAAGGAAUUUUUUUCCUCAGAAGAUUUGAUUUUUUUCAGCACUACGACCACUUUCCGUGGAUAUCUGACACAGUUGCCGAUUUUGGAGCCCGACGACAUUGCCAACGAAAGACCGCCAGUUGAGGCGCCGCGUUAUAUCACCCGGAAAGCCAUCUCAAAUCUCAAGGAUCCAUCUAAAAAUAAGCCGCCCGCAUCCACGAUGUUAGUAAUUAAUCAAAGCGAACGAGAAAAUUGAUGGGUGCGCUGGAUAAUUUUCUUUCUGAACUAAUUUUUCUUCAAAUACCGUAGUCGCUGUCGCUAUAUUUCAUUAGACGUGCUAUUUGAAAAUUACCAUCCUUCUCUAUAAUUAUUUAAAAAAAAGAUCUUUCCAGUAAAUUUUAUAGAAAAACGAAAAAUUUUUUUGAGAAGGCAGAGACAGCUGUAGAAAAGGACCUUGAACUGAAACAGUUUCACAAUUUUAUUGAAAAUCAAAUUGCAAAUUUCUUAAUUUUUUUCGGAAAGCCGAACUUCAAGCUACUUUUUUUAUGAUGUAUCAAAAAAAUUUUUCAUAAAUUUGACUUCAUUUGCUAUCUCUCUUCUAUCUCAGGUAUUGAAAGUCACAUAGAUCUUUCAUCAUCUAAAGUUCAACUGCAAAGAACUCAUUGCCCCUUUUUUCAAAGUUUUGAAUUGGCCUUUUUUUUCAAACAGUUUGGUCAAAAAUUGAGAGCAAAAUAAGACUCUUCAGCUUUUUUUUUCAUAUUAAUUGAAAAUUGUUACUUUUUUCUAACAUCUUUCUCAUAUCGAAAAGGAAAAGUCCGUUUUCAAAAUAAGCUUCCAGGGUGCUGGCGGAAGAAAUGCGCAAAGUGCUGAUUCAGUUGAAUCAGCGUGGAAAGGACACGGCUUUCGCUCCACACGAAUUCCACCACGUUGUGACGAGCAUCAAGCCUUCUUUUCGGUUCGGCCAAAGCCAUAAACCGAAAAAUAAGGCAAAAUCUGUUCAGCGGAUUUGGGCAGCACGAUGCCCACGAGUUCCUGCGCGUGAUCCUGGAGCGGAUGCACCAGGAAUUGCGCCGGUGCCGGAUCCCCGAAAUGACUGAACAGUGGCUGACCGACGAGUGCGGUCCGGCUCCGGUCAUGCCUAGUGGCUCCGUCGUUUCGCGAAUUUUCGAAGGCGCCUUGCAAAGUCAAGUCAUUUGCCUGUCUUGCAAGACGCCUAGCAUUAAAAUGGACCCGUUCUUGGGUGGGUUUUUGGCGAUUUGACAUAAACACAUUCGAUUAUGUACUGUUCAGAAUGAAACAAAAGAUAUUUUCCGUUAAGGUGUGGACAUUUUUUUCCGAUUGGCGUUUUUAAAAGAAGCGUAAAAAAUACGAAAAGUAUUCAGGCUCUGUUUUUUUUAAACUUGACCUUUACAUUUCCUAACUGAUUUUUUUUUCCGGCAAAUAGUGUCCGUAUUGAAAGUAGGUCAGCUUUGCGAUUAAAAAGAAACCCAUUUUUUUGAUAAGUUCAUAAAAAAAUUUGUUAAUUUUUUUAGAUAUUUCCCUGGAUUUGAACAUCCGAGGGACCGGGAACAAUACCCGGCUCGUCGACUGCAUGCGAAGCUUUUUCGCCAAGGAAACCCUCGACCAGCACGAACAGUACAUGUGCGGUCAUUGCGGCACAAAACAGCCGUCGACCAAGCAGCUUUUCGUCAAAGUUCUGCCAAAUGUACCAGAAACACUCGAAUAAAAUUAAAAUCGUCCGUUUUUCAGCUUCUUUGCGUCCAUUUGAAGCGAUUCCGCGCCAACGGUAUGAAGAACGAUCCGGCCGUCGAUUUCCCAAUUUCGGGCCUAGAUAUCAAAGAUUUUAUGGCACCGGUAAUUAAAUGAAUCGUUCUCCCUCGUUACUAGUUCCUUGUUUUUUCAGGCCAGUGAUAAGCGAGAAUCGACGGUAUUUGGCCUUUCCGCUAUCAUUGUUCAUUCGGGCGCAAGGUAGAUAUUUGUGAAAAAAAAAGGAUUUUUGUAAUGGCAUGUGCUUUCGUGCGAGGAAAACAUUAUCGUGACUCAUUCGCAUUUGUUUUUUUUUAAUGUGUUUGUCUCGGAAAUUUCAUUCCUGGCGCCGUUUCCAUGGCUACCACUUUUUCUGUGUUUUUUAUGUGCGCACAGCCUUAGGAGAUGAGAAAAUGCAUUUUUCAAAAUGCGGAAGGAUUAUGGUAAUAGGGUUCUGAAAAUUCAGGAAAGGGGACGUAUUGAACAUUUUUGAAUAUAUUUUCAUGGUAAUUUUUGAAAUACGAAGCUUUUGAGAGUUUAAAAGCUGAGCAAAUUGUGAGAAUAUCGAACAAAAAAAAUCAGUCUGAAGUUUGAGUUUUAAAUUCAAUUUCAUUUUUUUCUGCAACAAACUAACUUCGAGUUUCUAAUUAAUAGAAUUUCGCCCAAGUUCCCUUUUUCUCUAAGUGAAGUUUGAAGAAAUAAUAAGGUGAAGUUUGAAAAUUCCAGUUCCGUAGUUCUUCGAAAACGAGAAAAUUGCGCUUUUUUAAAACAUGUUGAGGAAAUGCCACAUCACCAAUUUAAAAAAAAAUUUUUCUUAAUGAUUUUUUUCUGCAAAGUAGUAUGUUAAUGAGGGCUGAUGAAACGAUCACCUAAAAUAAGAACUUUUUUAGGAUAUAAUUUGUUUCUAUUGCCAUGAGAAAUUAAAAAAAGAUAAAAAAAAUGAACAAAUUUACCGAAUCAGAAGUUAUUUUUGUUUUUCCAGCACGAGCAGCGGUCACUACGUGGCCUACUGCUACCACGAGGGCUUCUGGUUCUACUUCAGCGACCACACGGUCCGAUUGGUUGCCGAAUCGAUCGUCCAGACCCAGAAACCUUACCUCCUCUUCUACACACGACGAAACGAUCCCACAACCGUCCAUUCUUCCUCCGGAAGCUCCCCCAACACCAGUGGCUACUCUGGCUCGCCUUCUCAUCAUUCCGGCGAUUCCACCCUUUUCUAUGCUCAAAACUAA